ACAAAAACCCUUGAAAACAAAUUCUGUCUUAUUCGGUAAUUAUAAAAGCUCCUAUUGUGGAUAGAGCGGCUCUCCAUUGAUUGAAUAAUUUCUCGUCCAAAAUAUAUUGGUUUGCUGGAUACCAGAUACUUAUCUCAGCUGGUAGCACCACGAAGUACGCGUGUUCGCGCUCCAUGAGAGUGUCGAUGUUGGCUUGGCAAUCAGCUGAUCUUGUUCCGGUGACAAAGCGCCCGAAUCUAACUGUGUUAAAAACACACUUAUUAUUAAGGGAUAAUUUUUGUGCGUGAAUCGGAUAAAGGGAUCGAGUCCAGUGAGAAGUAGCUUUAUAUACUUAGUGAAGCAACACCUUAUUACGAGCACAACUUUGCCGAAUCGUUAACGAUCGCGCGUGACGCUUGUCAACAAAUGAGUUAAAAGCGUGUGGUAAAACUGGCCCGUUUUUUCGAAAGUCGAAUUCAACGAUCAUUGCCUCUGCUGGAGUGAACGUUUAAUGUAGUCGUGUCUUAUCAGAAGACUAACAGGGAUUAAAUAAGUGUCCUGUCCAGAGGCCAUGAAGUCGCCGAAUUGAAAAGCUGCUAGAAUCAGUAUGGAGUACCAAGACCGAAAUCCAUCACCCCCACCGGACGCCAGGACCGCUUUAUCAGGCGAAACGUCAACGAGCAUUGGAAAUACGAUCUUCUCGAAGUGCUGGCUAUUUCAGUGCCUGCUCGAUGCUAUUAAGCAAGUGGAAAGCGAAUGUUUAAGUGAGGAUGGCGCUGAGGAGAUGGGAAAUAUUAGCGAGGAUUUGGAACAGCAGCUUUGUACACUUUGGGACAUGUCUGCCAACCAGGAAGUGUCGGCUUUUCUGGAGGAGUUUCAUGCAUCAGAAAUGUUUGUACAGCUAAUGGGGUCGACAAAAGCACCCCGACUUCUUGAGAUACUUUUGGGUAUAUUAGCCAACAUGUGCACAUUCGAGGAGACGUGUCUUCAAGUUAGCAAGACAGAUUCACUGAUCCGCGUUUGCCUCUGGCUUUUGGGUAGUACCGACGCGCCCGCUCUCCUUCAGUUAUCUCGGUUGCUGCGGACUUGUCUCGCGCAUCCGUCGACAGGACCCCUUUGGAUUGAACAGAUACGCGAAAACCUUGCCCCGACCGUAGACCAUCUACAGACGAUCCUUCUGAACUCACUCAAUGGAGAUCUGGUGAGUUCUACCUUGAAGUUAGUAGAUCGACUUUGCGAUGCUCAUCCGGAGGUGAGCGCUGCAUUGGCUAAUGUAGAUUUCGUUCGAGCCCUGAGCUCUGCAGCGAUGCAAAUGCUGACAGAGUGUGCCGUUCUAGAAGAUUACUGGCACAUCUUAUAUAACCUCGAGUGCGAAACACAAUUUGCCCCUCUACUUGAGCCCUGCGUCGAGGAUCUGGGCGGCCUUCUGAAGGCCUUUUUAUCGUGUUUACAAGAUUCGGCAGCCGGUACUGACGAAAACAUCGAAGAGGAUUCGGAAACUCGCCGCUUUCAGCUUCUUUGUCUACCGUUCUGCUUUCUAGCAAAUCUCUCAGAUAAAGGACGCCAUCUUCUAUUUGACGAUUCGGCAGUUAGUGACAGUUCGUUCAGUAUCUUACACGAAUUGGAGAACUCGCCUCCACCUGAGCAAAUCAGACGAUCUCCACAAAACAUCGAAUAUAGGACCAUGCUAAAAGACUCUCUUCGAGUACUCACUCGAGGAGUUACGCGUUAAUAAAUACUAUGUACAUAUGUGCUCUACUCUUGGAAUAUUCAAAGUA